CCGUUUGGGGACAAAUUUUGUGGAUGAUCGUCAUUAUGUGAUGAGUCCACGCAGCGUCGCCUGUGGGCUAGGGCGGUCAAAGGUUGUUGGCAAGCGCGCGUUUUCGGUUCGCCAUAACUCGCCCUGAGGUGUUUGUGACAUCGUGUCAAUGAAAUGUUUCUUUUUCUUUUCUUUUUCCGUUUUAUGUCACCAUGAAUGGGCCACCUUCGGAUCCGAGUCCUUCCCUCACCACGCAACGAUGGCAAGCUCCUCCAUACCCACACUUUGUCCAAAAGCAACCACGAAGAAAUUGAUCAAGUUUGCGACUCGACCGCCUGUCUUUGUUUGUCUGUCUGGGCUCAGCUUCCUCGCACGAGAUUGGGACAACACGAGUCUUGGGGCCGUGCUAUGGAACUUUCUUUGGCUUUGUCACUGAUGCUUGAAUGAUACUGGUAUUCUGGUCUACUUUAUCGGUUCCCGACAAAUCCACUUCAUCUUUCUAUAACCAACAACCGACA